AUGGUCGUGUACGGAGGAAUAGGACCAACGACAAAAAGGUUGAAAUCAUUUCUAGAUUCAUUUUUACCGCAAAAUGAAACUUGGGGAUAUUAUAAUGACGCAAGAAUGUGGAUAAAAUACACGACAAACGCAGAGCCACCAGGUCGAAUUCUCCACUCAGCUGCGGCUACCAGUUACAACACAAUGGUGAUUUAUGGAGGAUAUGUCGUUGAGAACAUGCUAGGAGAACUAAAAAUGAGAUGUUUCUACGAUCUUUGGAUGUUUACCGUUAGUCCGAUGAAUACUAACGCUUUCAAUAUUUCAGCUCAGACAACCGACUCUCACUGGCGUCUAAUAAGUUCGUCCGGUCCUAAUAGCACAUCUUACAUGGCCUCUCUUGUAACCGUCGACAGCAAUCUGUACCUGUACGGUGGAUCGGAAACUAUUAUUCAAUUUCACAAAUUUUUUAAGGAGAGACAUUCUGUUGUUUCUCUGUUGAGCACAUGCUCAAAUAAUCUAUGGACGUACAAUUUGUCUUGCGGCAUCGAAUGUACGUGGACAAAUGUUUCUUACGGCAAUGUGGGCCCGGGACGUCGUUGCCUUCAUGAAGCUUUUGUUUUUGGAAAACACAUGUUAGUGACAGGAGGAUGUUUCGAUCAUUUCGAAUUAAAGCUGAAUCUUGAAACUCUUCUUCCACAAUACGAAUGUCCCAUAGACGUAGAUACUUCUGGUGUGUGGCUAUACAAACCUUCGACUAGCACUUGGUUUCGACUGACGUCUCAAUCAAUAUCUAGCAGUGCUAUAAUCGGAACUUCUAGUCUUUUAUGGAAUGACUUGUUAUUGUCGUUUGGUGGGCUGCCGCACGAAUUUCUGGCUGUCGGACAACAACCUGGUGACUGGCCGGGAAUUUUCUUUUACAGGCCAGCAUGUCCAGCCGGUACUACAACGAAUGAUCUAAGAACUUACUUGUGCACUGAUUGUCCUUUGAGCCAUUACGCUACCUCGUCUAAUUCGACGUGUUCCAAAUGUCCUAAUAAAUUGACGACACCGUUUACACGAUCAACGAGUCGAAGCAACUGCAGUCAAUGUUCUCCUAAUUAUUGUCAUUACGGAACGUGUACGGUCGCAUUGCAAGGACCCACUCCCUCUUGUACUUGCCAGUUUGGAUUUACAAUAGACAACGAGGGACUGUGCACUGUACCAGCCUACUAUAUUGCGGCAAUCGGGUUUUUAAUCGGAAUAUUGCUUAUCAUGCUUGUCGUUGUUUUGAUAGCAAAAUCUAGAAAAGCUAACAAACAGCAUAAUUCCGAGUUAAGAUUAAGAGACAGCGAAAUAAAUUGGCGACAAAGGAUAGUAACACAUCAGAGUAAUGAGAUUGCUCAACUUAACAAUACUUGGACUAUUGAUUCUAGAGAAGUAAAAUUACGAAAAAGAAUUGACAAAGACUUUCCGGGUGUCUACGGUGAGGUAUACGAGGCAGAAUACAGAGAAAUAGUUGUAGCCGUCAAAAAGCUACAAGGAGAACAUCUACCAAUCAAUCGCAUCUUCUUGGAGUUUGAACGUGAGAUAGAAGUGAUGAAAACAAUUAGGCAUCCCAAUAUCGUCUGGUUUCUUGGAGCAGGUCGUCACCACGACGACGAUUGUCCUUUUCUUGUGGUAGAGUACAUGCCUCGCGGAUCACUGACGAAAAUAUUGAGCAAUCAAGAAAUCGUUUUAGAGGACAACGUAAAAUUGAGAUUUGCUAUAGACGCCGCGAAAGGAAUGAGGUUCCUGCACAGCAGGCGUCCACCUCGAAUCCAUCGUGAUCUAAAAAGUGCUAAUCUCUUGGUGAGCACCCAGUGGGUCGUAAAAGUGGCAGAUUUUGGAACAGCUCGACUUGUAUGUGAUGAAGGAAUUCGUCAACAAGCUGUGAGAGGAGAAGGAUUUCUCGAUCUAACAGCUCCUCUUCUUCAUGCCGAAUAUCACCUAUCAUCUGGUGUUGGAACGCCGCUUUGGUGUGCUCCAGAGACAUGGCGAGGAAACGGAUAUGGAACACCAGCUGAUGUUUACAGCUUUGGUAUCGUGAUGUGGGAGAUUUGGUCACGAAAACUUCCAUAUUUCGAUUACAAUUGUGAGCACUUGAGGAGAGCCAUUAUGAAUGGAGCAAGACCGACUGUUCCAGAAGAUGAUACAAACGACUAUAUGCAAUUGAUGAAAGCUUGUUGGUCAGACAACGCUCACUGCAGACCCACAUUCAAAGAGGUAGUACUCGGCCUUGAAGAAAUGAGUGAGAAAAGCAUAUCCAUCGAAAGUCGUCACCACGAAACUGAGCUAUAACGUCGUACUUUAUCAGGAUGCAAUACAUGGAUGACUAGACAGCGCAAUAAAUACGUUUGCCAAGAAAAUAGCGUUUGCACAGCUUGCAAACGUACAUACCUGUUGAUUGAUACUAGCUAUAGAUCAUUUGCGUUACUAU